UCAUCAAACUUUGGUGUGUGUUGGCCAGUUCCGAAAUCUCCUUGAAGGGGCACUGCAUUGAGGAAGAUCAAAGCAGCAGUCUUUGCCAAUUAAGGAAUGGACCGUUUGGGUUCCUUUAGCAGUGAUCCCUCUGAUAAGCCACCUUGCCGAGGCUGCUCCUCCUACCUCAUGGAGCCUUAUAUCAAGUGUGCAGAAUGUGGGCCACCUCCUUUUUUCCUCUGCUUACAGUGUUUCACUCGAGGAUUUGAGUACAAGAAGCAUCAAAGUGAUCAUACUUACGAAAUAAUGACCUCAGAUUUUCCUGUUCUUGACCCCAGCUGGACUGCUCAAGAAGAAAUGGCCCUUUUAGAAGCUGUGAUGGACUGUGGCUUUGGAAAUUGGCAGGAUGUAGCCAAUCAGAUGUGUACCAAGACCAAGGAGGAGUGUGAAAAGCACUAUAUGAAGCAUUUCAUCAACAACCCUCUGUUUGCAUCUACCCUGCUGAACCUGAAGCAAGCAGAGGAGGCAAAAACUGCUGACACUGCCAUUCCAUUUCUCUCGGCAGAAGACCCUCCCCGACCUACCUUUGACUCUUUGCUUUCUCGGGACAUGGCAGGAUACAUGCCAGCUCGAGCAGAUUUCAUUGAGGAGUUUGACAAUUAUGCAGAGUGGGACUUGAGAGACAUCGAUUUUGUUGAAGAUGACUCGGACAUUUUACAUGUUAAUGAUUGGUCUCCUAGACCACUGACUCUGAAGAUGGCUGUAGUAGAUAUCUACCAUUCCAGGUUAAAGGAGAGACAAAGGCGGAAAAAAAUUAUAAGAGAUCAUGGAUUAAUCAACCUUAGGAAGUUUCAGUUAAUGGAACGGCGGUAUCCCAAGGAGGUCCAAGACCUUUAUGAAACAAUGAGGCGAUUUGCAAGGAUUGUGGGGCCAGUGGAGCAUGACAAGUUCAUUGAAAGCCAUGCACUGGAAUUUGAACUCCGAAGGGAAAUCAAGCGGCUCCAGGAAUACAGGACAGCAGGCAUCACCAAUUUUUGUAGUGCCAGAACCUAUGAUCACCUUAAGAAGACGCGAGAGGAGGAGCGCCUUAAACGCACCAUGCUCUCCGAAGUCCUCCAGUACAUCCAGGACAGCAGCGCUUGCCAGCAGUGGCUCCGCCGGCAGGCCGACAUUGAUUCCGGCCUGAGUCCUUCUGUUUCAAUGGCUUCGAAUUCAGGGAGACGAAGUGCACCACCCUUGAACCUCACGGGCCUCCCUGGCACAGAGAAGCUGAACGAAAAAGAAAAGGAGCUCUGUCAGAUGGUGAGGUUGGUCCCUGGAGCCUAUUUAGAAUACAAAUCUGCUCUAUUGAACGAAUGUAACAAGCAAGGAGGCUUGAGACUGGCACAGGCAAGAGCGCUCAUCAAGAUAGACGUGAACAAAACCCGGAAAAUCUAUGAUUUCCUUAUUCGGGAAGGAUACAUCACUAAAGCCUGAGGCCUUCAGGGCUUGAGAUCUGAAAUCACAGGUUUGGAAUGUGUUGGACCAAAGGACAGUAUGGAUAUUCUUGAGCUGAAUUCUCAUUGUAAAACAAGGGGAAAGAACAAAGGAAACCUUAAACUGUCAGAAUGUCUACUUUAUUCUCUGCCCUGCUUUAAAACACUCUUGCUGUUGGUAUUGUGCGGCAGAGUUAUAUGCUAGAUAUGCUAUUAUUAAACGUGAGUGGGCAUUCAUUCCUAGCACCUCUUGUAACUAAAACAAGAACCAUAGUACCUCACGUCAUGGUGUCGGUAGAAAUAGAACUAAACCAGUCUUCAGUCCCAUGGGUCCAGCUCAGACUCUUGUAUUUGAAUGGUUGGUUUUCUCAUUAUCUGUUUUGCCUUCAAACAAUACAGACAGAUUUACAGUAAGAGAAAGGUUAUGGACCAUGAGAAAGCUUUCUCUUUCCUUCUGAGGAUUCUUUGUUUAUGAGCAAAAGGGAGGGAAAUCUCAUCAUGGUCUUGUCCCAAACUGCAUCUUUAAUUUGAAUGUCUGGUUUUGUACUUUGCAGUCUGUCUAACCUGCAGUAGACUUUUGAGGAGGUGGCAUCAGAUAUAAAAUGUCUCGAUUAUUUUUAGAAUUAAUAGAUUAAAAUGUUUUGCUGCUCAAUUUGUGGUGUCAAAUAUUCUGGUAGCUAAAGCACACUUAGGGUGCUGGAUGCCUGCCUCAUCAUACUGCACUGUCUCUCCUAACAUGUGUGUCCUGGACUCACCCUGUUCGUACCCUGGGUUUCCCAGGAUACCAGGCCCCUGAGGAUGGAGAUGAUGCAACUAUCCUCCACUGUGACCUGAACCUUAAUUUCUUAAUGGGGAAUGGCUAGCCUGCAAUAAAAGCUACUUUUAAAACAAAAGUAAAGCAGAGUCAUAUAUGGAACUCAGUAGAUAUGAGGGUGAGUAACUCCACCACAUCUGAAACUUGGUCCUCAAAACUUUCUGUAGAAUCAGAUGCCAAACUCAGAGUCAUGGUUAUCCCAUUUCUAAUAGAAGGAAGGUUGUAUAUAGAAAUAACUUUAGAAUCUGCACAAAUUACCUCUAGUCGCUGAUUCUUUCAACAUUCAAAAUAUCUAAUUAAAAUAUUAUAUGCUUUGUUGGAAGUGUCUGCUCAGACUUUUUGAUGUAAAUAUGCAUGUAGCUUGCUAAUAGACUUCAUCUAGGGGGUUACAAGUGACAAGGAAACUCUGAGGAUCUGAAGGAAUUAAAAUAAUUAAAGACUUCAAUAUGUAAAAAGGG